AUGAAGCUUAGUAAUGCUAUAGGGUUUUUAUUCUUAUUUCUAGUUGAUUUUGGCACAGCUCAACCUGGAGUCCUUGAUAUAUCAAGGUUUGAAGGGGCACCAAAUACAGAUAUAGCUAAGGCUUUCUCAAGUGCUUGGACCCAAGCAUGUGCAUCAACUACUCCUGUGAAAAUUAUGAUUCCAGCUGGUACAUACCAAAUGAGUGCAUUAGAUGUCAAAGGUCCAUGCAAGGCUCCUAUUGAAGUUAAAGUUGAUGGCACAAUUCAGGCACCUAUAAGCCAAAAUGACCUCAAGGACGCAGGCCAGUGGGUCAAGUUUGGAUAUAUUGACUCUCUUACCCUAUCAGGUAGUGGAGUUUUUGAUGGUCAAGGAGAAGCUGCCUGGAAGCUAAAUGAUUGUUCAACAAACAAGAAAUGUCAUAUGCUUUGUAUGAAUUUUGGUUUUAAUUUCGUCAAUAAUUCAAUUAUCCGUGACAUUACAUCCAAGGAUAGCAAAAAUUUUCAUGUUAAUGUUUUGGGGUGCAACAAUGUCACGUUUGAUGGGUUCACAAUUAGUGCCCCAGCUAAUAGCCUCAACACUGAUGGAAUCCACAUUGGAAGAUCCACUGACAUUGAAGUUCUUAACACUAACAUUGGUACUGGAGAAGAUUGCAUCUCAAUAGGUGAUGGUAGUAAAAAUUUAACUAUCCAAAAUGUGAAUUGUGGACCUGGUCAUGGCAUUAGUGUUGGAAGUCUUGGAAAGUAUGAAAAUGAAGAGCCUGUAGAAGGUCUUCUAGUUAAGAAUUGUACUCUGACAGAAACUGACAAUGGCGUAAGGAUCAAGACUUGGCCUGAUACCCCAGGAACGAUAACAAUAAGUGAUAUGCAUUUUGAAGAUAUUACUAUGGUUAAUGUCAAGAACCCUAUUAUUAUUGAUCAAGAGUAUUGCCCAUGGAACCAAUGUUCCAAAAAGAAUCCAUCAAAAAUCAAGAUAAGUAAGGUUUACUUUAAGAACAUUAAGGGAACAUCAGCAACUCAAGAAGGAUUGACUCUUAUAUGUAGCAGUGGUGUACCAUGUGAGGGUAUAGAGCUAACCAAUGUUGAUCUCACUUUCAAUGGAGUAGAAGCAACUGCUAAAUGUGCAAAUGCUAAGCCUGUAAUUACUGGAAAAGCUCCUAUUUGUGCAGCUUAA